AUGUUGGACGUUCAGCCUUGGAUUGUGGGGGGAGAUCUCAAUGAGAUUAUCCAUCACUCUGAGCAUUCUAUCCCUGAUGUCAACACGAUCACCUCUCCUAUGUUAGAACUGCGUGAUACUCUGAUUCACUUGGAACUUUUUGAUCUACGGUUCUUUGGGCCUCUAUUCACUUGGAGUAACCACCAGCCGGAGUCCCCUAUUGCAAAAAAACUUGAUAGGCUCCUUGUAAACUCUCAACUUAUCUCCAGUUUCCCCAACUGCUCUGCAGUCUUCCUACCGCCGCUUUUCUCUGACCACUCGCCUUGCCUCAUAGACCUAGCCCAUUCCCUUCCCACCGCUGGAACUAAACCCUUUCGCUUUUUCAACUACCUAACUAGACAUCCGCUCUUUCAUCAGCUAGUUCUGGACGCUUGGUCACUGGCCGGAUGUGAGGCUGUGAACUUGAAAAACCUAUGUUGGAAACUGAAAAAUGUCAAGAGCGUUCUAAAACAGAUAAACAGAGAGAAUUAUUCAAAUAUUCAGGAGAGAGUUUUAGAGACUAACCGUUUGUUGCAAGCUGUGCAGGUACAAGCCUUGGAAGAUCCUUGCCCUGAGACGUUUCAAGAGGAAAGAGUCUUGCAUCAAAAAUGGGUGUUCCUAAGAGAGAUUGAGGAGAGUUACUUUAGACAAAAAUCUCGCAUUAAUUGGCUUUUGGAGGGAGAUCAGAAUACUGCUUACUUCUACAGAAUCUUUCAGACGAGGAUGAGUUAUAACUCUAUUCGAGUUUUCCAGACUCCUUCUGGGGACUUGAUAACGGAUCCGCAGGUUAUGAGUGUAAUGGCAAUCCGCUUCUUUCAAGGGAUUCUCGCCCCUACGUUUCUUCCUCCACUCGCCUUGACUUCUUCUGUAGAAUGGUUUCAAGCUCUUGUUGGCUUCCAACCCUCUGAUGCCAUCACUACUCAGAUGUCUAUCGUCCCUAAUCCGGAAGAGAUCACUAAAACGCUGAUGCGCCUCAACCCGAAUAAGUCUCCGGGCCCAGACGGCCUAACUUCUGCUUUUUUCAAGGCUUCUUGGAGCUUCCUCGGUCAGGAGGUGAUAACCUCAAUCUCUCAGUUUUUUGCAGACUCUUUUCUCCCUUCUGCAACAAACUCUACAAUCCUCUGCCUUGUCCCUAAGAGACCAGGAGCAACACUAGUUUCUGACUUCAGGCCGAUAGCUUGUCUAAACACACUCUAUAAAGUGAUUGCGCGUCUUCUAGUCAAGCGGAUCAAACCGAUCCUCCCCUCGGUGAUUCUUCCUUGUCAGACAGCCUUCGUAAAGGGGAGACUCAUUGCGGAGAACACCAUCCUGGCAGGAGAAAUUGUGAAUGGUUAUCAUAAGAACAAGGAUCCCAAAAGGAUAACUAUAAAGGUAGAUAUUGCAAAAGCUUUUGAUACCUUAUCAUGGGAGUUUCUUUUUAACUGUCUGCAGGGCUUGCACUUGCCCGACAUCCUAAUCAGUUGGCUGAAGGCUUGUGUUUGCACCCCGCAUUUCACCAUCGGCUAUAAUGGAAUGGUUCAAGGCUACUUUAAAGGAAAACGCGGGCUCCGUCAGGGUGAUCCACUCUCGCCUUAUCUUUUUGUCAUCGCCAUGAACAUCCUCUCCUUGAUGCUAAACAAGGCGGCGGCAGAGCAGAAAAUAAAAUACCAUGAGCGCUGUAGCACCUCUAAACUCACGCAUCUCUGCUUUGCAGAUGAUCUGUUGAUCUUUAUAGAUGGCUCCCUUGAAUCCGUUCAGAAUGUAAUGCAAGUGCUGCAUGAGUUUGAGUUGAGAUCAGGGUUGGCGGUGAGUGUCCAUAAGACCUCCUUCUUUGCUUCAGGACUCUCCACGCAAGAAAUAGAUACUAUCAAGGCUUCUACGGGGAUGCCUUAUGCUUCUCUCCCUGUUAGAUACCUGGGAGUCCCGCUCUGCACAAGGAAAAUUUCGCUGGUUAAUUGUGAGGUAUUGAUCCAGCAGGUUAAGGCUAAGUUCUCUUCCUGGUCGGUGAAGAUGCUAUCUUUCUCAGCUAGACUCCUCCUAAUUAAAACAGUCGUUGCAGGGAUCACUAACUAUUGGUGUUCCUCGUUUAUCCUUCCUAAAGCCUGCAUUAACCGUAUCAACUCUCUAUGUGGCCAUUUCCUGUGGCAAGGGAACCUAGAAGGUAGUCAUUCUGCUAGAGUAUCUUGGGCUACUGUAACUUUGAGCCUAGAGAGCGGUGGUCUUGGAAUAAGGGAUCUAGGAGUAUGGAACAAAUCUUGCUGUCUAAGGCUAAUUUGGCUCUUGUUUUUUCAAUCUGGCUCUGUUUGGGUCGCCUGGUUCAAGGCUGAGGUGCUUAAUAAUGAUCUAUCUAACUUCUGGACUGUAAAGCCUCAUAGGAAUAACUCCUGGCUGGCUAACAAGAUUAUCAAGAUGAGGGGUGAAGCGUUUACCUGGAUCAAGCUCCUACUCGGGAAUGGGGCUUCUUGUCGGUUCUGGACUGAUCAUUGGUCUCCUUUUGGGUCCUUGGAUACUUACUUGAGACAGGACACAAGAUCAAGAUGGGGGAUACAUGAAAGUGCAACUCUUGCGGAGCUCUUCGUUGAUGGUCAUUGGUCUCUUCCACCAGCGAGAACUGAGAGAUUAUUAGCUCUGCAAAUCCAUAUGACAACAAUCAACUUAACAGCUGAGGAGGACUCUUAUGAAUGGUCUCUGGAAGGAGUAACAUCAGAUCAUUUUAGUACUAGCCAAGUCUACAAAGUGCUGAAAGGUCCAGAGACAUUGGUACCUUGGGCGCAGUGUGUAUGGUCUCCAGGAAUCCCCAAACAUAACUUUCUCUGUUGGUUGUUUGUUCUCGACAGGUCUCCUACCGGCGAUCGUCUCAUUUCGUGGGGCCUCCCAGUUGACCCGAAUUGCCUCCUAUGUAAUGCUGCUUCUGAGUCAAGGGAUCACCUCUAUUUUGAAUGUCCUUAUAGUAGAACGGUGUGGAAUGUGAUUGCGCGUCGAUGCCACCACUUCCCUGUCGCUGACUGGAAUCAGACACUACUUAGUAUGCAAACUUUGACUGGCUGCAGGUACAAAAAGAAACUCACUUUGCUUGGUUGGAAAUCGGUAAUAUACUGGCUCUGGACAGAGCGGAAUGCGCGCCUCCAUCGUCAGCAGUUUCGAAACCAUGAUGCGCUGAUCUCCCUCAUCGGCCGCCAACUAAAGGAUAAAAUACUGAGCUUCCGCCACUCCUCUCUGGUUGGUUCCUCCAGGAUGAUGCAACUCUGGCAUGCAGAUACCUCUUCUCACUGA